CACUCACUGUGGACGUGCUGUGUGGGGCCAGAUCAGCGACCGAAGCUUAACUGGCUGCAGGUCCACACGCUGCACUGUCGAAAAAACCCCACCGGACGAUGGACAGGAAUCAGAACCUGAACCGAGCCGAGACCUUCUCCUUCAUCAACCCAUGGAUCCGCUAUUUUCUCUUCUUCUUCAGCUUCUUAUUUUGGGUUUUCUCCCUGCUGAUUAUUGCCAUCGGGGUCUAUGCAAAGAUCCAGAAAGCCACAGACACGGUGAGGGACACGUUCCUGGUGGACCCGGCCGUCGUCCUGAUCGUGGCGGGGGUGGUCAUGUUCUUCAUCACCUUCUGCGGCUGCAUCGGAGCCCUUCGGGAGAACAUCCGCCUCCUGAAGACAUUCUCCCUCAGCCUGACGUUGGUCUUCCUCACGCAGCUCGCCAUCGCGGUCCUGGGCUUCUUCUACUCCGAUCAGACUCGGGACGCUCUGGGGAAGUUUGUGAAGAAGGCCCUGGUGCACUACAGGGAUGACCUGGACCUGCAGAACCUGAUGGAUUACAUACAGAAGGAGUUCAAGUGUUGUGGGUGGAACAACUACACAGACUGGUCCUGGAACAUGUAUUUUAAUUGCACACCCGAGAACCCGAGCUCCGAGCGCUGCUCCGUCCCGUACUCCUGCUGCACGCCCGUUCCUGGAGAGGCGGUGAUUAACACCAUGUGCGGGUUCGGGGUGCAAACCCAGAAAUACGUGGAGGCGAACAAGCUCAUCUACCCCGUGGGCUGCGCGGACAGGGCGGUGACGUGGAUCGAGUCUCACCUGCUGCUCGUCGGGGCUCUGGCCCUGGGCCUGGCCUUGCCUCAGGUCGCAGGCAUCGUGCUGUCCCAGAUCCUGAUCUGUCAGAUCCAAGAUGAGAUUACCUCGGUGUCGUGAGAGGCGGCGGCGGGGGAGGAGGAGGAGGAGCGGGUUCUGCUCGGUUUCCACACGAGGACAGGAUUUCUACGGCUGCUGUUUGACACUUCCUACUGUUCAUGUGCUGCGUUUUGUCGUUACUUACGAUGGAAAGAGAUAAAAAAAAAACAAUCAUAUGCAAAGUGUAUAUUUAUUGCUUUUAAAAACAUUGAUUUUGUAUUGAAAUAUAGAUGAAGUACAGUAUUUAUGUAUGUGAUGUUUGCUAAUAAAUUGAAAAAAACCAAG